GCGAAGGCCCAUGUCACGUGACGAGGGGAAAUAGGGAGGCUCUUGUGUGUUUACAUCAACGCGUUCAACGGCAUCUGCUGCGGACCGUCUACACAUCAAUGUUUCGUUUUCGUUUCUCUGAAAAACAGUACGUUCGUCGCUUCACACGGUAAUCGUUUGCGUCGGAGCGGGAUACCGCCGCUGUUGUGUCAAAGGAAGCGCGCGUGCACUGCAGCUGCCAUCGGUUUGUAUUAGAUUACUGGCGUCAUGGACGAGCUCGCGGUGGAAGUGCGGGGAGCGAGCGGCGCUUUCUACAAGGCUAAUAUUAAAGAUGUUCAUGAAAGUACAGUCACAGUGGCUUUUGAGAACAAUUGGCAGCCAGAACGACAGAUUCCUUUCCAAGAUGUUCGGUUUCCACCUCCAACCGGCUUUCAGAAAGAGAUAAAUGAGAGCGAUGAAGUUGAGGUGUACUCCAGAGCCAAUGAUAAGGAGCCCUGUGGAUGGUGGCCAGCCAAAGUUAGGAUGGUUAAAGGAGAGUUUUACGUCAUAGAAUAUGCAGCCUGUGAUGCCACCCUGAAUGAAAUAGUCACUUUAGAAAGACUACGGCCAGUGAACCCCAACAAACCAUCUUCGAAGAACACUUUCCUCAAAACCAGACUGGAUGUUCCCGACGACCUGAGACAAAUGUGUGCGAAAGACUCCGCUCACAAAGACUUUAAAAAGGCCAUCGGAGCGUUUCACGUCACGUACGAACCUGAAGAAAAGCAGCUGGUCAUUUUGUCGGUUAAUGAGGUCACAGCGAAGCGAAUAGCGAUGUUGAGCGACAUGCACUUCAGGAGUUUGCGCACAAAGCUGACGUUGAUACUGAGGAACGAGGAAGCGACCAGACAGCUGGAGAGCUCUCGACAGCUGGCUUCAAGGUUUCAUGAGCAGUUUGUGGUUCGUGAUGAUCUAAUGGGUUUGGCCAUAGGCACCCACGGGGCGAACAUUCAGCAAGCCAGGAAGCUUCCAGGGGUCACCACCAUUGAUCUAGAUGAAGAAACAUGCACGUUUCACAUCUACGGAGAGGACCAGGAGGCUGUGCGGAAGGCCAGAAGCUAUCUUGAGUUUGCCGAAGAUGUUAUCAAAGUUCCCAAAAAUUUAGUCGGCAAAGUCAUUGGCAAGAGUGGGAAGCUUAUUCAAGAGGUUGUGGAUAAAUCUGGAGUUGUUCGAGUUCGAGUGGAACCAGAAAAUGACAAAAAGCCAAUUUCUCCAUUAGAGGAGGGAAUGGUGCCAUUUGUGUUUGUGGGUACGAAAGAAAGCAUUUCAAAUGCCCGUAUUCUGCUGGACUACCAUCUCAACUAUCUAAAAGAGGUUGAUCAGCUCAGAAUGGAGAGACUGCAGAUCGAUGAGCAGCUCCGACAGAUCGGUGGAGGGCCCAGGGCUCCUCCAGGCAGACCUGAGAAAGAAAAACCCUUCAUGGCUGAUAAUGGCAUGGGACCCUCGCGAGGUGGCAGCAGCAAGCCCUUCGGUCGUGGAGGGAGAGGCAGGCGGGGCCCAACACUGGCCUCAGGCACCAACUCUGAAGCCUCUAAUGCAUCAGAAACAGAGUCUGACCACAGAGAUGAGCUUAGCGACUGGUCACUUGCCCCCACAGAUGAGGAGUCAGUGGCUUACCCCAAAAGAGCCCCAGAUGGACGCAAAAGGGGUGGUGGGCCCAGAGGCCGUGGGGGGAGAGGAAGAGGUGGAUACAAACCGGAGGAUAUGCACUGGAAUGAGUCACGAUCUCGCAGUUCCAGAGACUCCAGAGACACAUUGCAGAUUCGCAUCGACAGCAAUAACGAGAGAAGCGUCCACACUAGCCGAGGGGCUCAAAGUGUAGCAGGAGACAGCGGAGGAAACCGACAGAGACCCAUCAAGGAUCGAGGAAUGCAGAAAGAAAAGCAAGAAGGCCCAGACAGCCAAGCUGUCGUGAACGGAGUUUCGUAGAAAAACAACCCCCUCCCCCCCCAUAAUCCCACUCAGCUCCACCAAUCCAGAUGCUUCUUCAUUAGAAACACAUUAGGCCAAAGAGUACCAGGUCAGUAGGGCUGUCAUGAGACAUGACAAUAAAGCACACUUUGUAAUUGUUAACGGAGGUAUAGGAUGCGGUCUCUUGGUGUACGGUGUGUUGAAGUCUUCAUGGAUUAGAGAGACCGGUCUCUGAAUCAGAACUGAAGCUACAUGUUUUCUAAUUGACUUUCUAAACGACUACCUAUGAAACUAACAGAAGCUGUGGAUGAAAUGCAUCUCAAAAAAAAGAAUCAUGACAAAACAGUGUAUUUUCCAGCAAUUGGUUUUUAAAGGUUUUUUUGUUUUCCACAAUGUCCUAAAAACUGAAAAGAAACGCAUUAGAGGAUGAACUCAAGCUCUCUGGGGCCCAAGUUUAUGCCGCAUCUCAUGGCGUACAUUGUUUUUACACGCUUUGGUGUCCAUGAUAACUCGAGCCCAUUCUGAUGUGAGGUAUUAGCCACAUCAUUAGCAAAAAAAAACUGAAAAUAAGAAAAAAGCAAACAAAAAAUGGCAAAAUGUGUAAAAAAAAAAUGCUCCUGUCUGAUCUGUGCCUUUAACUAGAGUGUGGAUAGUAUCAUUAUUUGGAUGUUUAUAUCAGGGAAGAAAACAUGAACGACACCUGUCGAAGCAACAUUUGUUGCAAGCUCAGCAGAAAACAAGAGGUGUUUUUUUUUCUCUGUGCUGCAUGUAUUUCACAAACAUUUUGUAUGUCUGAAAAGCAGGAUUCCAUCACAUCUGUCAAUUUCUAUUUCGUCACGGCUAAACUGCGAGUCGUUUCUUGCAUAUAAGUUCGAUAUCAUGAAAAAUGUGUGCCGACCACCCAUAGAAGAAUACCCUGAUCAUGAAAUUUUAUUUAGCAUAUCUUUACAUUUAUAGGAUGGUAAUGUUUUUUUUAGAAGCAGCUUUCAUGGAAUCAUUAUGGGAAUCAUUAUUUUCACCUCCCAUCUCCGUAACAAAUGACACAAGGUAAAUUUGCUCAAAAACAGGGUGGAAAUGCUCUUUGUUUCUCAGUUCACGCAGGCCACAGUAAACUGCCAUCUAUCCUGCUGUAUUGUUCAGCAUCAGGUGUGAAGCACUUAUAUGAGAUAUCUGUAACUUUGUCUUUGUCCUAACAAGGGGUCGUCAUAACUGUGGGAUUGCAUACUGUAUAUUACGUCAUCCGUUCGGAGAUUGUUGCUGUUCUUUUUAGAUUGUGCACUUAUCAUGUUUGUGUUCCUCUGCAAGUACUUUAUAUUCUCUAAACCUAUAAUAAACUAGAAUGUGAUGAGACUUCCACAGCAGGUGAAUCACAUGUAUGCUGUCCACAUAACUAAACGGAAGUUUAGAAAUCUUGGCUAAUUUUGAGUCUACUGUACUUUUGCAGCUGAAUCCGCUUCGAGAGGGACGAGACGGGUGAGCGCGAUGUUAACUUUGAUAUGAAAACCAUUUGUCUUAUCUGACUAGUGCUUGUGCAUUCAACUUUAGUUUCCAUUUCUUUUCGAAAGACGCAAUGCUGUUCGGAACCCACGAUCCUUUCAAAACCUACUGUGACGUUGACCAUGGUAGUUUUCCUGCUUUCGUUUGACUGUACAGCGAGGAAGCGUUUAUUUAGAGUCGGUUGUAUCCUCUUUUACUAUUUCUAUCUCUUACGCUCCUGUUUCUCUUGCUAGUCACCUUGGCAGACAACCAGCUCUACCUGUUAAGCUUAUAAACCAGUUUUUAAAGUGAUUUGCCCGGAUCAGUGUCCUGUGAAAACUGUCGGAAGCGAAAAUCAACGCAAAGCGAAGUUUUAAAAAACGAUUGACCGGUAGAGGAUUCACAGCUCUGUGAGUUGGUAAACCAGUUCUUGAGCAAGGUGGUCUAGCUGCUUGGCCGGCCCUUCUUGUGUCGCACUUAAAUUUAGCCUCCCAACAUCAAAAUAAGGUGUUAAAUGGUUUACUCUCAGUAUUUUUACCACCCGAACGUCUACAGCGGGCAGUAAACUGGCAAGAUGGCACAAUUCACUGCAGUCUGUCCGAAAGGGAUGUGCAGAAUCUUUGAAGUGUUGCCAAACAGACUGUUUUCUAGUUAUUUAUUUUUUGGAAUGUAUUUGAAAAUAUGACAAAUUGUAAAACCAUCUCUUGCACACGUCAUAGGCUAUCGUGAUUCGAAAAAAAUUAAACUAACAAACAAACAUGAAAUACUGUAGAUACUGAACCGAGGUAGACUGACCUUGUAUGUUACUGCACUUUGGGUAAUAAUUUCUUUGUACAUAAUAGCAGAACAGACUGGGUUUUAUGUUGACAUUGUUUGGUUAUAGUGCAAUAUAUUUUGUAUGCAAGCAGUUUCAAUAAAUAAAGGUUGAUCUUCCUCUGCAA